AAAUGUAAAUAUGCAAUUGUAAUGAUCUAUUAUCCAGGACGCAGCUCAAAAUGUAGACAGUUCAUCCUGUAUGACCCUUACGGAACCAUUUGGACUAAAUGGAGAGAAUCUGUACAUAACUUGCACUAUGCCUUCAAUAGAAACAGGAACAGUGGGUGGGGGAACGAUGCUUCCUCCACAGGCUGCUUGUUUAGACCUACUUGGAGUGCGUGGGUCAUCAACACUAGAUCCUGGUCAAAACGCUGACACAUUAGCAAGAAUUGUAUGUGGAACAGUCCUUGCAGGGGAACUCUCUCUCUUGUCAGCUCUAGCAGCUGGACAUUUAGUUCGAGCUCACCUUAAGCAUAACAGGUCUAAACUCAAUAUGAGUUCUUCGGAAAAUGAACAAGUCUCUUUGUUACACGAGGAAAUGAAAACACAACUGAGAGUACCAGAUAGUUUGUGAAAUGAGCAUUAUGUUGGAAUGCUAUCUACAUAAAGAAAGUCAUGAUUCAAGAACUAAAAAAAGUGUUUGAAAUGUAUCUAAUAAUUUUGCGUGCUUCUAGAGACUAAUUGCAUAGAAUUUUACGUGCCUGAUAAUUAAUGAAGAUGAAAAGAUACUAUUGUGAAACAUCAGUCUUAAAUAUCCCAAAGUACACUUGUCUGUGGUUAGAUCUUGAUCAUUCGUUUGAAAUAUCCACAUAUGUGAGGAAUAUGGAAGUGUGUGAAGGAGUACAUUCAAAUAUGAAAAUCUCAUAAACUUAUUUUUAUUACCUCCUUCUUACUUAACAUUUUUGCAUGAAAAAAUAUAUACUAGGAAAAUUCAUAAUCAGAUAGCUGAAUACUUAUUUCUAAUCUGAAGUACUUUAAAAUAAUAAGAAAUACACAUUUAUGUUGUUGUUCGCUCAAUAAUUAUUGUAAUAUAAUAUAAUAAAAAUAUACAUAAAAAUUGGGGCUUUGUAUUAGAGCUGGUUACAAUGUCAGAUUCACUAAAUGAAAUAGAUUAAUCUUUUGUCUGGAUACAACUAAAAAUCAGUCCUUUUUUAUACUUGUUGCUCAGGUUUUUUUAGACUUUUUUUCAUCUUUUAAUCCAAUGCCUAUAUAGCUUCGACAGAUUCAGAGUUAUAUUUAUGAAUACUUAAUGGUUCACAAACACAGUUACAAAAUUUUACCAGAAUAUAUAUUUAAAUAUAUUUCAAAAAUGUAUGUUCUUUUAGGCUGAUACGUUUACACAAGGUUCACAAUUUAUAAUUCCUAAUUUUUUGUAUAUUUUAUAUGUAGUUCCCAGUAUUUAAAUUAAAGAACAAAAACCAUAGUGCUAAAUCAGAUUAAUUGGCAAUUACAUUUGGAAACUAUACUACAACCUUCACAGGAGAGAACAGGAAUAAUAGACGUUAAGCCCCUGUACGUAAAUCACUUGGUAGUGCUUCAUAUAAUCACUUUGGUAUGUCUUUAUUUGUCACUUCAUGUAAGUGUUUCAUAUUUCGCAAAAGAAUGAAGAUAGACUAUUCUUAACGACUUAACUUGAUUCUUAGCAACCGGGUAACAUUAAAGUUUUUAUGGAGAUGCAACGCUCGUUUUUUGUCUUAUAAAAGCUAGUUCUUCAAACAUUACUUAAAAUUACUGCCACCUGAGAUUAAUCAAUUCAUUUUUACAUAUAAUGUAAUAUAUGAUUGCUAUUAUAAGUAGCUAUUUCUUUAUGAUUGUUUUCAGUUUAAUAUACUGAUGUUACUUUAAUCAGUUGUGGUAAUCAAUCCUUAAUAUUUAGUGCAUAUGUAUCUUGUACAAGUAAAGGAUGUCAUUUUUAUAGAUACUAUAUACAAUAAAA